UCAUCAUGAAUGCUUAACUGUUGCAAUGAGUCAUAUCGGCCGACCACCAUCGUUUUCGACCGACCACCACAUAUACAGAGUUCGUCUAUCGCAAGCCUUAAAAAAAGUGAAGCGUAAAAACCAAACGGUACAUCUACAUGGAAAAAUUACUCGGACUGGGGUGUGCGGACUUUGUUUUCUUGGUGCACACGGAACUGGGAACAGCCUCAACACGAAUUACCUACCAUUUGCGCUGCAGAGGAGAUCGACUGUGGUUGCCAGCGCCGCAACAAGAUCUGCCUCAAUUACGCCUACGCCAACGUUAAUGCCCACUGGCAGUCGUUUGGGCUUAAAUUUUAAUAACAGCAGCAGCAGCAGCAACAGCAGCAACAACAACAACAAUAAUUAUUACAACGCGACGCAACUGAGCGACGCACUGUUAAACAACGACGUGACCGGAGUGCCGCAUCCAAUAGCAACGGCAACAGAAGCCAUCAUGUCCUUGACAGCGACUGGCACAUCGCCCACCAGCCCCAUUGAGCCCUUUGUGGCGGCUCGCCCACAGACCGUCAAGGAGGGUUGGCUCAUGAAGCGCGGCGAGCACAUCAAGACCUGGCGCCAACGUUACUUUGUGCUACGCUCUGAUGGUGCUCUCAUGGGCUAUCGCAGCAGGCCGGCGGAUAACACACAGUCGGAUCAGCUGCUCAAUAACUUUACCGUACGCGGCUGCCAGAUAAUGGCCGUGGAUCGGCCAAAGCCCUUCACAUUCAUUAUACGCGGACUGCAGUGGACGACGGUGAUUGAGCGCACAUUUGCCGUCGAUACAGAAGUUGAGCGCCAGGCCUGGACCGAGGCCAUACGAAACGUGGCCAGCAGACUGUCUGAAAUGGGGGAAACGGCCAUGUCGCCUUCAUCCCAAACAGAUAUGGGCGAUGUGGACAUGGCCGGCAUCGCUGAGGUGGAACUAUCCGAACAGUUCUCCGUUCAGGGCACCACGCGCAACAGCAGCGGCGUCAAGAAAGUGACCCUUGAGAACUUUGAGUUCCUCAAGGUGCUCGGCAAGGGCACAUUCGGAAAAGUGAUCCUGUGCCGCGAGAAAGCGACUGCUAAAUUGUACGCUAUCAAAAUUCUCAAAAAGGAGGUCAUCAUUCAAAAGGAUGAGGUCGCACACACAUUAACCGAAAGUCGUGUGCUCAAGUCAACAAAUCAUCCGUUUCUAAUUUCACUGAAAUAUUCAUUUCAAACCAACGAUCGUCUCUGUUUUGUCAUGCAAUAUGUGAAUGGCGGGGAGCUGUUCUGGCAUUUGAGUCAUGAGCGCAUAUUCACCGAGGAGCGCACACGUUUUUAUGGAGCAGAAAUAAUAUCGGCGCUGGGCUACUUGCAUUCGCAGGGCAUCAUUUAUCGUGACUUAAAGCUGGAGAAUCUUUUGCUGGACAAGGAUGGUCACAUAAAGGUAGCCGACUUCGGGCUGUGCAAGGAGGACAUCACCUACGGUCGUACAACGAAAACGUUUUGUGGCACACCGGAAUAUUUAGCGCCUGAAGUAUUAGAUGAUAAUGAUUAUGGACGCGCGGUGGAUUGGUGGGGCACCGGUGUUGUUAUGUAUGAGAUGAUCUGUGGCCGCCUACCUUUCUAUAAUCGUGAUCACGAUGUGCUCUUUACACUGAUAUUGGUAGAGGAUGUGAAAUUUCCACGCAAUAUAACUGAUGAAGCAAAAAGUCUGUUAUCUGGUCUUUUGGCCAAGGAUCCCAGAAAUCGCUUGGGCGGCGGUCAGGAUGAUGUUAAGGAAAUACAAGCACAUCCAUUUUUUGCGAGUAUUAAUUGGACAGAUCUGGUGCAGAAGAAGAUAACGCCGCCUUUCAAGCCUCAGGUCACAUCAGAUACAGACACACGAUAUUUUGACGAAGAGUUUACUGGCGAAAGCGUUGAAUUAACGCCGCCAGAUCCCACGGGUCCAUUAGGCUCCAUAGCCGAAGAACCGCUUUUCCCGCAGUUCAGCUAUCAAGGAGACAUGGCCUCAACGUUGGGCACCUCGUCGCACAUAAGUACUUCCACAAGUCUCACAUCAAUGCAAUAGAACAAGUUUACAAGCACACACACCCAAACCCACAUGCAUGAAUAAAAUAAACACAUCUAGUUCUGCUUCAUCACCUAUGCCCAUAAUAUAUAAAUAUAUAUAAAUGGGAAAAUCGCGAGCGAAACAGAUAUAAAUUACUACCGCUAAGUUUAUACACCAAUAAUAAUAAUAAUAAUAAUAAUAACAAUUUGAAUGAUAGUAACUUAUUUUUCUUAACUUCAACAACAACAGCUGCAAAAACAAGAGCAACGCGCAAUUGCAAAACAUAUAGCGAAGAUAAGAGAACGUUUAACGCGGUAUAUAUAAAGAAAACAAAAAUAUAUAGUUUACUACAUAUGAUAAUAUAUAUAUAAUUAUAUAUACAUUUAAAUAAUACAUUUUAAGCGUAACGUUUAAAGUGAUUAGUUAAUUUUUAAAUGCAAGUAAAACAUUUAAACAACUACACACACACACACACACGCACACAUACAGCACACUUAUACACUUGAAUACCUAUCCAAAAUACACCCUCCUAGCAUAUAGGCAGCAAGAAAUCGAAAUACACAAGCAGACACACACACACACACAUACACAAACGAACAGACACACAUACAAAAAAAAAAAACACUGAACAUACAAUAUACGCAUUAUUUAUACUCCAAAGAAGCAAAAAACAAAAACAAUUACGAGUUAUAUAUAAUGAUAAAGUUGCCUCUGAUUCACGAACAGAACACAACAACAACUAAUGGUAAUGCAUGAAAACCGUUAAACCAUAUGUCAACUGCAUGAGCGCCAA